AUGGCAGAAUUUCAAAAAAUUCCGCAUAUUGUGGGCCAUAGUGAUGAUGACGCAUCUAUCCAUCUCUAUAGCACUAUAGGUCCUGCUCGGCCACUGAAGACCAGAAGUUACGAUAAGCGUAUCUUGAGUGUCCUACAUUCGAAAAGUGUAUCUGGCAGCACAAAGGAAGCCAACCGAUUAAAUAGUGCAUUCAAAGAGUUUACGAUUCAAGAACUCACCGUUUCGAAUAACGCUGAUAAAUGGACCAAUGUUACGGGGGCUAACGUUAUGCAUGAUGACAAAAUGUUUCCCAUCAGCGACAGAACGCAAGCUUCAACAGGAAAAUGGUGCUCUAUCUCAACUACACAACUUAUUGGUGUACUCAUUGGUAUCAUUGUCGCAAUUCUUUAUUUUUGUGUACCAGGGUUCAUUCAUCUGCUUGACCAAACCACGGCACGUCAAUUAGAACAAAUCGAGAAGUUAUCACUUGGAUUGGAGAGACUCUCUCGUGAUUCAAUCCUGGGCAUCGGUUCAAAUGCAAACUAUUUCUCCAACCUAGAUGAGUUAUGGACGAAGGUAGACUCGCUUGAACGUAAUGUACUAACUCGAGAAGAACUGUUCGUUUCCCUAUCACACGAGAUUAGUGCCCUAGAUGAAAAGUUUAAAACCAUUCAAUCGCUAACUCAUGACGCAGAAGGCUUUGACUCUAAGCUAAGUGCUAUAUCUGACAAACUAACGCGUGUUUCAUUGAUCGAUGCCGAACUUCGGAACCUCAAAGAUAACGUCUUUAAGUCCACUAUCCAUCAGCUCUCCCAUCACGUUCCGGUUUUCAUCAAAGACCAUAAAAUCCAAUACGUUCCAGAAUUUGAAAAUUUCAUUCGUAACAUUACCACUGAAGAAAUCCUGAGGUUUUGGAGUCUACCGAAGUCGGUUGACGGUCACUCUAGAGAUGAAGCUCUGGCUCAUUUUGAAACGGAGAAACAUCCCAAUUUUGAUCUAAUUCGUCAAUUUUUGAAGAAAGAAGUAUAUGCUCAGAUUUUAACAGAGUUAGCAAGGGCCCAGGAUAUGAAUUCUAGUUCAAGCUUAUACGGAUUUCUUGCGUCUGAUGCUAGCAAUCUGAUGCUCACUCUGAGGUGUCUCAAUGGGACGAAAGAGAAAAAUGAUUUAGCGCUGUCAACCGAACAGGUUUCAUUAAAUUACGCUGACUAUGAUAUUGGAGCAAGGGUAUUGGGUUACCUUACCUCAGACAACCGUCCAAAAAGGCGAACAAGUCUACUGAAAGUUUUUUUAGGGUGGUACGACUACUUAACUUCAAAUGGGCUCAAGGAUCCUUCCCACUUGAAGUACAACGCAAACUCCGUCUUGUCAGACAAGGGUCCAUUCUGGCAGUGUGGAUCAAGUUCAUGCACCAUCGGGAUACGUCUCAGUGCCCCCAUAAUCUUGACGGGUUUAUCGAUAGAUACUCCAUUUGAGCAAAUACCAGCGACAGUUAAAACUCCUGAGCUGAUUUCCGUGUAUGUGAAGCCAAAGGUUCCAUUUCAUUCGAGAGCUCUUCGGGAGUUGCAGAAAGUCACCAGACCGGGGUUUUCGAGUAAAACUGCCAACCCAUACUUGCGCAAGUUUUUUAAAAUCGAGGAGAUCGAUGUGAGCAUAAAUCAUGAAAUGAGCUUCAUAAAACUCCCUAAGAAUUUCACACAGCUUUGCGUUCCCGUGAGAGAUAUUUAUAUCGAAUUUAUGGCCAACGAGGGACCAACUGGUGUCUUCGGUAUAAAAGCCUAUGGACAUACACCCCGUCCAGUACAAUCGCCCAAUCCCGCCAACUCGAAUGAUAGCAGACAAACUGACGCAAUGAAGGGAAAGAUGGAGUCAACUCACAGUGUCCCCCACGCUGUCGUUUUAGGCGACGACUUGCUUACAUAA